AGCCCAGAUUUAACAGAAAAUCUGGUGGGCGUUGAGAAGUUCCUUAUGACACACUAAUCCCAAGCUGCUGACUGGACCUGCCCCUGGCAGAGGCAACCUCCAGGAGGACUCAAGCACCAGGUGGUCCCAAGGAGGAGCUGCCUACCACGCAGGGGAAAGCCAAGACUCAGCUUAGAUCACACGGCUUGCAGGAGGACGAGACAGAAUUUGAACCCAGGUCUGACUUUUGCGUCUCACCCGGCUGCCUCUCAGUGCUGACAGGAAUUAACAGCUUGGCCCUGACUUACUCUCCUAGGGAAGGGGCUGCCUGGAGGGGCCGGGACAGAGGAAGUGGGGCCCUUCUUCUUCUGAGGAACUCAGCGUCUUCCAGAGGCAACAUGUCAGAGGGGGUGGGCACAUUCCGCAUGGUUCCUGAAGAGGAACAGGAGCUCCGCUGCCAGCUGGAGCGGCUCACAACCAAGGACCACGGGCCUGUCUUUGGCCGGUGUAGCCAGCUGCCCCAACAUACCUUGCAGAAGGCCAAGGACGAGCUGAAUGAGCGGGAGGAGACUCGGGAAGAGGCGGUACAAGAACUGCAGGAGCUGGUGCGGGAGCAGGCAGCCACCGGGGAGGAGCUGGCCCAGGCAGUGGCCGAGAGGGUACAGGGAAGGGACAGUGCCUUCUUCCUGCGCUUUAUCCGUGCACGCAAGUUUGACGUGGGGCGUGCCUACGAGCUGCUCAGAGGCUACGUGCACUUCCGGCUGCAGUACCCUGAGCUCUUCGACAGUCUGUCCCUGGAGGCCAUCCGCUGCACCAUUGAGGCCGGCUACCCUGGUGUCCUCCUCAGUCGGGACAAGUAUGGCCGAGUGGUCAUGCUCUUCAACAUUGAGAACUGGGACUGUGAGGAGAUCACCUUUGACGAGAUCUUGCAGGCAUAUUGCUUUAUCCUGGAGAAGCUACUGGAGAAUGAGGAAACUCAAAUUAAUGGCUUCUGCAUCAUUGAGAACUUCAAGGGCUUUACCAUGCAGCAAGCUGCUGGGCUCCGGCCUUCGGAUCUCAGGAAGAUGGUGGACAUGCUCCAGGCCUGUAAAUUCGAGGCCCCACUGUAG